CGAGCCUCUACGCGUGUGUCAUGCUGCAGUUGUCGAGCAGUCGGUGUUUCUCGCGUGGCCUCAUAAGUCGCACUAGCUAUAUAGCUAUAUGUAUCGUAGCUGCGGCUCAAUCAGUCGUCGUAUCCCGGCAUUGCGCCCGGCACUGCCACAGCCUAGGUACACACGCGAAUUAUCAUCGUCAACACACAAUCACAAAGGCCUGUGCGUCGUCGGUUUAUGGCACGUUGUUGUUGUGCUGCAUACGAGCAUAUUUGCAUCGUCUCGCUUUGUUGCACGCGGGACUCGGCAGUCUCGCGCUCGCCGCGCGCCCAGUUGCAUCGUUUUGAAUCGUCGGCUGCCUGCAGUGCCCAUAGUAUAGGUGUACAACAAUUAUAAGCUCAUUUCAUUUCGAGAAGUACAUGCGAGUUCGCACGUGCGGAGCCAACGCAAGGACACGAGUCGAUUCGGAGCUCGAACAAUGUCACUAGACAUACGCCGCGGCCUAGCGUGUACCAAAUGGUAAAUAUCAGCGAGCUAAAUUGCAACUCUCUCGGUUGAAAAAUUCAAAAGCAAAAGACGAGCAGACAAAAUGACUAGUCCCAUGGGUGAUGAAGAGCAACUGCAGUUCGACGAUGAAGUCAGCCCCAAAAAAUCGUCACCGAUCAACGCAUCGAAUUUCCGGAAAUUACUGCCUCAUGGAACGGUGCUGCUCGAGUCUCAGGUCUCGGGCCACAAGUUCGAUCUCGAUAAAAACAGAAUCGGUAUGCUGAAAGACACGAAUGGGCGAGUUUUCAAACCGAUCGACAAGCCGGCCUUGGGCGAACGAGAGAUUGCGUUCUAUGAAAACUUAAAGGUCUCUGGAAACCCAACGGAUGGGGAAUUGAAACGAUUCGCUCCAGCCUACUAUGGAACUAAGGAAAUGAAAGUCCUCGACAAAACCGUCAAAUUCAUCGAGUUGGAAGAUGUGACCGAUGGCAUGGCCGAACCAUGCGUGAUGGACGUAAAAAUUGGUCGGCGAACGUGGGACGGUCUCGCGAGUCCGGAGAAACGAGCCGCCGAAGAUCGCAAGUACGCGGCGACCAAAGAGGCCUACGGAUUCUGCAUACCUGGCUUUCAGGUGUAUAAAUUGCCCACCGGCGAGUUACAGAAAUACGACAAAGAUUACGGCAAAAAACUCAACGAAGAUUCACUCGUAGAAGCUUUGGAGAUAUUUUUAAAUGGCAAUAAGGACCGAGGUCCCUGUCGUGACCUAGUCUUGCGUCUAGUAUCAAUACUCUGGAAAAUUCUCGCUCUAUUCCGCGACCAGCGUCGCUACCGAUUCUACUCAUCGUCCCUCCUGCUCGUAUACGACGCGAAACGUCUGCGUCACCACCUCCAUCGUCAGCUGAACAACAGCCCGGUAGAGAGUCUACUGCGAUCGCCGAUUUCUCGCGGUAAAAGUUUCUGCGGCAGCCCCGUGGGUCGAAGCCUGGGCUCGUUGAAUCACCUGGGCAAAACCGCACCAAUGCCCUCGCCACAGAGUUCUCGUGUGUUCUCUUUCCAGAUACCUGGUUCGCCCAAACUCGAACAGACCACGAGAUUUCACAGUAGUUUGACGAGAUCGCCGAGAAGCGGAUCGCCAGCGAGGAGUCCUAUGCUCAGCACCUUCGACAGGAUCAGAGGAAUCACCAGAAGUAUUAGCUUACAGAACUGCGAAAAUUAUCCUGACAAAAUUGUCUCGCCAGAGACAAAAGAUGCGGCGUUGAGCCGCAUGGAUGUACCGUCGCCACAACAGCGACCCGAAGUUCAGGUACCGAAGCUAUGCCGUACGCAUUCGUAUUCAAAUAAUUUUGAGAAUGAUCUCAUGGAAAUGAAGGAAGAUUACGCGGCUGUACUGUCCGAACUGUGCAGCAGCUGCGAGGAAAAGCAAAACUGGGUGCGUGUUUAUAUGAUCGAUUUUGCCCACGUCUUUCCAAUUCUCGACAGCGAACACGACACGAAUUACCUCGAAGGCAUCGAAAACCUCAUCAAACUGCUCGAGAGAUUUUUGUAAACGAUUAUGGCUGUUUAUUUAUCCCCCUUUUUUCAUUUAUUAAUCUGUUACAGAGAUAGUUUUUAUGAUGUAUUUAUAAAUACAAUUUUUUGUGAGAUUUGUAUACAAGAAAAUUUUGGAUAUUUUUGAUGAAAAAUAAUAUGGAUAUUUUCCAUUUUUUUACCA